AGGUUAGGCAGAUGUAGGUGCUUCAGGCCAACCUGAUUUUAUACCUCUAAGAGCAAAAUGGGAAGGUGGCUUUUUGUCCUUGAUAUUUGUGCUUCGUGGACAGGAGCGCUCAAGAGUUUGGGUUUUGGUUUUGUGUUUUUAUAGUUGGGGUAGGAUAAUAGAAGGAAGAACAAAAAAGGAGAGAAAAAUGAAGUGGUUUUGUACAUUAGGACAAAUAUCAGCCUUCUCAGAAGUAUGCUCAAGGGUUUGGUUUUUUUCCCUUUCUGGUUUUCUUUUCCCACCUGUUUUGACAAGGUGACAAUAAAAGCAAUAAAUAAAUUGAGAAUCCACAGACAAGAGGAAGAAAAGAAAAAAAGUUCUAGUUAACCUCUAGCUUUUUGUUCUCCUGUUUGAGAACUAAUAUGGGAUUUAUGCUUUCCACAGAUAUUUUUUAGUUAAGAAUUAAGAACUUUGAGAGAAGCAAGGCAACAGAAAAUGAAAUAUCAUGGUCUUUUCUCCCUCCUGCUUUAGGAUAGAAUUUGCUUAUCUUGUGUCUGAGGAUAGAAUUGAAUUCUUCAGCUAGAGGGAGGAGUAAACAUAGCAUCUUUUUUACUCACAGUAACUGCAAAGCAUUGUCAAGAGAAAAGAAUGUUGGGUUUACUCUUAUUGAUAUCAACGGAGUAGCUGUAAGACAGGCAGGGAAGAGACAUCUCAGUCAGUCAAAAUGCUUUACUGAACCAAUUGGUGGUUAGUAUAGAAUUAAGAAAUGAGAUCCUGAAGGUUAUUUUGGAAGCAAAAAGUGCAGCAGUUGAUCUUUGAUACUCCCAAAUAAAUGUUUUCAUGUGUGUGGUAUUUCAGCUCCAGUUCUGUCUGUCCCAUAGCUCUCUGUAGCAGAGGUAGAGGACUGUUGCACUAUGUCCUGAACAGCACGUUUAAGAAAAGAUUCAACUUGCACUUUUAGUGGUUUAUUUCAUUUUUUUAAAACAUGAAACAGUGAAAAAUGACUGCAUUUCAGUAUCUUGAUAAUAUAAAUGGUUGACAUUUUCAGUCUGAGUAGUUCUGUGAUCACUGAUACCUGUUUGUGAAACCAAGGUGCUUUCAUUCUUGUGCUCUACUGUUUGUGUCUUUAUAUAAAAAAAGUCAAAUAUUUAAAGCAUUUGGAUUUACUAUUUCUGCUGUGACACUUAGCACCAUUUACGUUGUAUGAAAACAUGUUUCAGAAUGAAAAUGCAUUUAGAUUUUUGCCUUUUCAGUGACAGAACAAUUUUGCAGUGAAAAAAAGGAAAGAUUGAGGAAAUAAACUCUGCAGUUAUUAAUGUGUUUCCAGGUAAUUCGGCUGGGGGCCACCCCUGUCAGCCUGAGCUUCCUCUCUGUCCAGGUUUAUGCUGCUUCCUCAGAGAAGACUUCCAAAAAGGAGUUGCUUAAAAUUGAGGAGCUGUCACUCUACUCCUCUCCAGCUCGUGAGACUAAAUAUGUGGAGAAUCCACAAACUGAAUUGGAAGAGGGGGUUUCACGUUUACGGCGUGCCAUGGAGCCAUACACAGCCUGGUGUCAGGAUCUUUAUGCCAAAGCUAUGCCCAAUUUAGAAAAAGCUGUUGAGCAUGGUAGAGAGGGUUAUGAAUUUCUCCAAAAACCGCCUGCUGGAUUUUAUCCAAGACUUGGUGUGAUAGGUUUUGCUGGAAUUAUUGGAUUGUUUCUUGCUAGAGGCUCAAAAAUCAAGAAGUUGGUGUACCCUGCAAGUCUCAUGGGUAUCGCUACCUCCAUGUAUUACCCUCAGCAAGCAGUUGCUAUUGCAAAGGUUGCUGGCACACAGCUGUAUGAUUGGAGUCUUCAAGGAUAUAUUGCUGUAGAAUCUCUUUGGAAGGAUACUCCUAAGAAGAAGAAAUCGGGGGAAAAAAGUGAUAAGGGUGAUGCAGUUGGUGACAAACCCCUGGAAGUCCAUGCUGCUUCAAAUAAAGAGCAAGCCCAGAAGUAAAACGCUACAUCACCUGGCAUCAAACAGGUGAAGAAAAAUAUAGAUAUAAGCAACAAUUUCCCAAGAAAAAGAUGAAAAACCAUGUGAAUCCAUUUUGAAUGUGACUAAUCUGCCUUCUGCCUCGGGACAGUCUGGCUGGGUGCUGCUCAGGCUUCUGGUAUGGAUUCUGUGGAAGGACAUUACGUGUUUUGGGUCAGUCUGGAGACAUCGUCCUCCAUUCUGCACUGGGACUGAAGUCUGCCCAUGCUUGUCCCAUUGCGGGAUCAACAUUGCAAGUAGCAAGUCUCAAAAUCCCUGAGUCUCUUAUUAUUUAUAUAUACAAUAAAAUUCCAGAUACACAAAAUGGUCCACUUUUUUUCCCUCCUCCUAUCUUUUUUAAAGUCAUGGAUGCAAUGUUUGCACAGUCCAUGAAAGGUUCUAGAAAUGUUGUUGACAGUGCCUGUAUUUUUUUUGCCAGUGAGGGGAAGCUGGAAAGUAGCAUGAUGUUUUGGCUGACACAGGCUCAUAGAAUUAGGAAUGGGAACAAUUACAAUGACUCUUGUGUUUUGUUGGAGUCUCCCCCUCCUUUCUAUACGAGUCUUCUGCCUCAUCAGUGCCAGCAGGAGGUAUAUAAUGAAGCAUCUGUGAGUUCCUGUCUCGUGGAUGGAUGGGAAUGGAGCUGUUAAUGUUUGUUCUUGUUUUUGUUUGAAUGCACAGCACAAUGGGAACCAGAAUGUUGUGGUGGUGGGAACCAGCUAUAGAAUAACUUGGCUGUUUCCUUGUUCCCAGCCAGGGGAGGGGAGAAAAAAGCAAAGCGAAGGGAAAUACAAAAGGAUUUCCAGCAUUUUGAAAUCUUUGCACAAUAAAACCCUUUCAUCAUU